AUGUUACAUGAUACGACCGUUUCUCCAGCUCAAAAACUGCCCGAAUCGAUCAAAAAGUACAGAAGAUACAGUUCCUCACUCAUGUUGGGAUCAUUUGUUAGAAGCUUAGUUUGCGUUGUAUACCUGCUGGCGUCCGAUGUCAGUGGUAAAGUUCUUGACGGUCAUGAUACUGGAAAAAACUGUUCAGCUAUUCUCAAUGUAUCUUCUUCGCUCCAUGAUGGUAAGCCUGCUGAGUGUCCACCAUGGUUCACACAAGGCAAUCAAACUGGAGAUUGCAGAGCAGGACCGACCCUGAAUGGCAUAAUA